AAAUUCAUGGUUCCGAUUUUGCAAUUGCAGUUAUUAAAGUUAUAUUAAAAAUCCAAAUUCUGAAUAAUCUUACAGAAAUACAAAAAAAAUAUAUAGACAAAUUAGCAGAUGAUUUGAAAACAAAAAAACAAGAAUUCUUUGGUUUAUUUCAGGCAUUAGAAGAUAAUGAUUUUCAAGAACAGUUUUUGGCCUUUUCUCA